CGUGUGGGUCUCAAGGACUGGCUAUCCUGACAUCCUUUCCCGCCUUCAGGUAGGCCACCAUGGCAUGCUGCCAGAGGACACCCACCUGCCCCUUAAAGAGAGGCCAGGUUGGGUGGUUCCUCUGGCCGACACUCUGUCCACAGCGCUGGUGACGGUGGGAAGGGAAAGAUGACAAGCCAGGGAUAUGGUACCACAGUGUGUGGGAGAAGCUUCUGAAUUAUCCAUUAGCACAGGCACGUCCAGAAUCCCAUGCAUAAAUGUACAAAGAAACAGGGGCAAGUAGGGAGAGAGAAGGGGACAGGAUAUAAAAGGGCCCACAAGAGACCAGCUCCAGGAUCCCAAGGCCCAACUCCGCAAACCACGGAGAGUCCUGUGGACAGCUCACCUAGCUGCAAUGGCUGCAGGCUCCCGGACAUCCAUGCUCCUGGCUUUCACCCUGCUCUGCCUGCCCCAGCUUCAAGAGACCGGUGCCUUCCCAACAAUUCCCUUAUCCAGGCUUUUGGACAAUGCUAUGCUCCGCGCCCAUCGCCUGCACCAGCUGGCCUUUGACACCUACCAGGAGUUCAACAUAGAGUUGCUCCGCAUCUCCCUGCUGCUCAUCCAGUCCUGGUUCGAGCCUGUGCAGCUCCUCAGGAGUGUCUUCGCCAACAGCCUAUUGUAUGGCAUCUCAGACAGCGAUGUCUAUGAGUACCUGAAGGACCUAGAGGAAGGCAUCCAAACUCUGAUGGGGAGGCUGGAAGAUGGCAGCCCCCGGACUGGGGAGAUCUUCAGGCAGACCUACAGCAAGUUUGACAUAAACUCGCAGAACGAUGAUGCACUGCUCAAGAACUACGGGUUGCUCUACUGCUUCCGGAAGGACAUGGACAAGGUUGAGACAUUCCUGCGCAUUGUGCAGUGUCGCUCUGUGGAGGGCAGCUGUGGCCUCUAGCUGCCGGGUGGCAUCCCUGUGACCCCUCCCCAGUGCCUCUGUUGGCCCUGGAAGGUGGCACUCCAGUGUCCGUCAGCCCUGUCCUAAUAAAACUAAGUUGCAUCA